UGGGGGUGUGGUUCUGUCCUCUGCCGUCGCCCCGUGAGGGGAGCCCCUCCCUGAGUUCCUGCUCAGCCCCGAAUGGGAAAGUCCACAUCACUCCGACCUGAGAGACUCGCUGAGAGCAGCUGCCGGCCACACCGCUCGUCUUCUUCUUCGACCUCCACAUUUGUCUCCAUCCUUUCCCCUCCGCCCAAAAUGGCCGCCGCAUCCAAGUCCUCCCAGACGGUGAAGAACGUGGUGCUGGCCCUGCUGGCCCUGUGGUCCCUCGUCUCCCUGAUCGUCAUCGUGGUGUGGGCGACGUCCCCGGACCUGAAGAGCUCCGCCGCCUGCCGCGCCCAGCUGCAGGAGGUGACGGAGAAGAUGGAGGGGGCCAAGGUGGUGUGGAGCAAGAACAAGGUGGCCCUGGAGGAGCAGCUGGAGGAGGCCAGGGCGGAGCAGGCCCACCAGAGUGCGGAGAUCCUGCUGCUGCUGGGGCGCCUCAACGCCACCAACGCCACGCUGGAGGAGUGCCGGCAGGAGAACGUGGUCCUGAACGGGAACAUCAGCGUCCUGCACGAGAGGGUGGAGCAGCUACGUCAGGCGGAGGCCAACCUCACGGCUCGGAUCGGCCUGCAGGAAGAACACAUCGAGACCCUGCAGCAGAACCUGACGCAGGCGGGCCACCGGGCCGAGUCCCUCUACAGCCUGAAGGCCGCCGCUGAGAGCCACAUGCGGGCGGCUCAGAGUGAGACCAGCGCCUGCAAGUCCGGCAAGGAGUUCCUGCAGAAACAGCUUCUGAAGUGCAAAGACGUGGUACCUGAAGCUACGCCGAAGCCGCAGAUCAAGGAGCCGUCCUCCUCCACCUCGCCCCUCUCUGGUAUUCCUGCGCUGGCGCUGCUGACCUGCGGCGCUCUGCUCCUGAUGACCUGAGGUCAGCGAGGCGGCGACCUGUCGUAUGGCGGCGAGCACUGUAUAACAGGGCGGAGGCGGAGCCUGGACGGACCACAUGACUGCUGUACAAACAUCCCGUAUGCGUACAAACACACAAACAAAGAGAUCGCCACGGAGACGCUGGCACGACGAAUGAUUGGACAGAAACUUUGCUUUGACUUGAACAGCUGAGACGUUUAAAGGUUUUUUUAGAGGCGGCUGACCACUGAGUUUUUAAAAAGGUUUGUGUCUUCAUGAAGCUUCACGACUGCUUUUUCCCCAUCUGCUGCUGCUUUGUCCUCUUAAAUAUUCAUAUUUAAAAAUGAAUCCUCCCUCCGUUUUUAAAUUGGCUUCGAUGUAAAAUAACCUCCCUUCCUUCUAAGAUGUCUUGGAGGAGGAGUUUCAAAGUAACUCGGAAGCGUACUUGAGUCUGUUUACUGUUAAUUUCACCACUACAUGACGGUGCUUUCAGGGACAUCGGAGAGUUGAGAAUCAGCUGGAGAACAAAAAAGCUCUGUGAGAAACAGAAAUAACGAAUCAGUGGUAUUUUGUGUCACGAAUCUGGACUUUGUUCCCAGAAUGCAGCAUGUUUUUCUCCUCUUUACGCCCUUUUGCUAGAGAUGAAGCAUCUGCGUCAUGAAUCAAAGAGGAAGUUAGGCUUUCACAAUAAGAGCAGACAAGAUGACUCAAACCCAAAAGGUCCCUGUUUGUACCUGAAGGUUAAAUCUGACCCAAUGUAUUGAGUCUGAUCAAUAACACAGAGUCCUGAACAGCUGAUCCACAGUCAGUUUGACUGUGAAUCAGCUACUUGACUUUUAGAAGCUUUUCCUUUUUUGGGAGGGGGGGGGGGAUGUUGAAAAUAAUAAAGCUG